CCUCAGUAUUUCGUACCCCCGAUAUUUCAGCUAGUCCGUCGUCGAAAGCGAACACCCGAUUCCAGUUCUGAGCGGACUGGCCGAGCACUCGCAUCGUCCCUCGGACCGAGCACCGCUUCACUCAGAGUAUCAGCCGUCGCCGCAGGCAGAAGUGAAAAAGUUGACAGAAAAAUAGGAGGCGAGGUAGCAGCCACUCGGCGAUCGCACGCGUGUUCAUCGUUCAUGUAGAUCGUGUCCGGUGAUCGAUGGUCGUAACACUGGAACCGGCAGGAUCGGGAGAGUCCGUCAGCUCUUGAUCGUAGAGCACGUAUACCAUUUUCCCCGGGUCCGACGUGUGCCACGCUAUUUUCCUUCGAGGUCUCGCUUCAGCCUGGAAAUGACAGCGCCGAAUCAACCCGGUCGAAUCGUCGCGUGAAGAAAUACCAAGAGUGUGCAGUGCAGUGCAUACGAGAUAUUCGAUUCUUGCGGAAGUUAAAUCUCGCCCGGUAGUUUCUUCAUUUUUAUCACUCCUCCCGUACUGUCCGAAAACUUGUUGACGAGAGGGCACCGUGACUGAGGGAAGCGGAAAAUUCGAGCGGCUGAUAAAGUGACGUGAAAUUGAUUAAUCGGUCCAUCGUUAGAAGCGUUGUUAUGUCUCCGCGAUAGUUCCGUGGCCAGCAAAGGAAUACGCGAGAGAGAUCAUCGAGAGCGCAGAUACCUUUUCACGGUCAACGGAAGCAAUCGAGCAAAAUGACAGAAGCGUCGAGAGAGCCGGAACUCGCGGAUCCCGAAAAUCCUGACAAAACGACGUUGAACUUGACGUCCUCCUCUAAUAAGAAACCAUUGCCAGACCGCGGUACAUGGAGUACUAAGUUAGAUUUCAUCCUAAGCGUGGUGGGUCUAGCAAUCGGUUUGGGAAAUGUCUGGAGAUUUCCGUAUCUCUGUUAUAAAAACGGCGGAGGCGCUUUCUUAAUUCCGUACUUCUUGACGCUGGUUCUCGCUGGGAUACCAAUGUUCUUCAUGGAACUGGCUCUCGGUCAGAUGCUCACUGUCGGUGGUCUCGGCGUUUUCAAAAUUGCGCCCCUUUUCAAAGGUAUCGGGUACGCCGCCGCCGUUAUGUCCUGUUGGAUGAACGUUUAUUACAUCGUUAUCCUCGCAUGGGCGAUCUUCUACUUCUUCAUGUCCAUGCGAAGCGAAUUACCAUGGGGUAGCUGCAAUAAUUACUGGAAUACAAAGAGUUGCGUGAACCCUUACGACAGAGAUUCGUUGCUGUGUUGGAACACUAAUGUCCAUCAUAAUGUCGUUAAAGUAUGUACCGUGAACGGCGUCAACAUGACGAUUAACGAGCUCACCGACCCUGUCAAAGAAUUUUGGGAACGCCGAGCGCUUCAGAUCAGCGAGGGCGUGGAGUACGUAGGACAUAUUCGAUGGGAACUGGCCGGUACCCUUCUACUGGUUUGGAUCGUCUGUUACUUCUGCAUUUGGAAAGGUGUCAAGUGGACUGGGAAAGUAGUAUAUUUCACCUCCUUAUUCCCUUACGUCUUGUUGACGAUACUUCUGAUUCGCGGGAUCACUUUACCCGGAGCCAUGGAAGGCAUUCGAUUUUACAUCAGUCCGAAUCUUUCGAAACUAAAAGAAUCGGAGGUAUGGAUAGACGCGGUCACGCAAAUUUUCUUCUCGUACGGUCUGGGCUUGGGCACGCUGGUGGCUCUCGGUAGUUACAACAAAUUCACGAACAACGUUUACAAAGACGCCCUUAUUGUUUGCUCGGUGAACUCCUCCACGAGCAUGUUCGCCGGCUUCGUCAUAUUUUCCGUGGUAGGUUUCAUGGCCCACGAGCAACAGAAGCCCGUCGCAGAGGUUGCCGCUUCUGGCCCGGGAUUAGCUUUCCUCGCGUAUCCCUCCGCGGUUCUUCAACUUCCCGGAGCGCCUAUCUGGUCCUGUCUCUUCUUCUUUAUGCUUCUCCUAAUAGGUUUAGAUUCACAGUUUUGCACUAUGGAAGGCUUUGUCACUGCCAUGGUGGACGAGUGGCCGCAGUUACUUCGGCGGCGUAAGGAACUCUUUAUCGCGGUCGUUUGCGUACUCUCUUAUAUCAUUGGUUUGUCUUGUAUCUCACAAGGCGGCAUGUACGUCUUCCAAAUCUUGGAUUCGUACGCAGUUUCUGGAUUCUGCCUCCUUUUCUUGAUUUUCUUCGAAUGCAUUUCAAUCAGCUGGGCCUUCGGCGCCAACCGAUUUUACGACGGUCUCAGAGACAUGAUAGGAUACUAUCCGCUUAUGUGGUGGAAGUUCUGCUGGACGGUCACCACCCCCAUGAUUUGCAUCGGUGUUUUCAUCUUUAAUCUCGUACAGUGGACACCUAUAAAAUAUUUAGACUACGAAUAUCCAUGGUGGUCGCACGUGCUUGGCUGGAUGACCGCUUUAUCCUCGAUGCUUUGCAUACCUGGUUACAUGAUUUAUGCUUGGAUGAGAACACCAGGGGAUAGGUCUACGAAAUUCAAGCUUUUAGUACGAAUAGAGGACGACGUGACGAGUCUACGGAUGAAGAUGGGUCAGCCGUCGGUCGAACUGACCUCGCUUUAACUGCCACGAAUCCAUUACAAUUCCCCAAGGGAUUUACUGUUCUAAUUGUUAUCAAUUUUUGACUAUGAUUAAUUCAAAGAUGAUCAUUUAUAAUGUUAUCACUAAGACAGCGGAUUUUAUGUAUUUAUAAGAAAGUGGGAUGCGCAAAAAUUUUUAAUUCUACGUGUAAUGUACACAACUAUACAAAAUAUCAAAAGAUUAAUGCUCGCUUCAAUGUCCUAAUAACAAAAUAAGUGUUUAUCUGAAACGCAUUUUUUAAAAUGACACUAUAAAUGUUUUAGUUUUUGCAUAAACAUCCGCUGUCUAGUUAUCACUUUCGGGUAUCUUUUUGUAACAUUAAUUUCUUCGUUGGUUCGAGAAGAACUUUUAUUGUGUUCCUGUUUAUAAAAGAAAUUUGUCAUACUGUUUAAAUUUACUUUUUUAAUGAUUUAGAUCAGGACUGACGAACCGACGACUCGCGACGGCUCCACUUGCUCUUUGUGUCUUCUUCUUCUGUGUCUGUUUACUAUUCAGUAUCUAUACUAUAAGACUAUUCAAAAAGCUCGGGUCGUCUGGUCCGAUUUUAAAACACUUAUUCAAUUUUAAAUAAUACAUGUUCAGGUUUACUCUUAAUUACAUAUCUUUUCUUUGACUAUAUCUUAUCGCUUUUAAACUAAUGUUUUGUUCUUCUCUAACAAGAGGAACACUAAGGAGUUAGCAACUAAGUCCUAAGAACUGUUCCUUAAUUCUUGACCCUCUUUCACCUCACCAAGUUUUAACGAAAUCGAAGGCGGUCAGAUGUGAGAUUUCCCUUAUAAGCGGAGAAUCGUCUGACUCGUAGUGGAGUAAUCGUGGCUACCGGCGAGAAGAUGUUCGCCACUCCUGAUUUAGAUAAUGUAAUUAUUAGAUUCCUAUCGGAAGGUAUCUUCCACGAAACUCGAGGCGACUAAAGUGUUCAGAAAUUGCGUUUAGUCUUAGUUUAAGUUUAUUUAAUAGAAUAAUUUAUCCAAUAAUAAGUACAAGAAAUUCUCGGCGAACAUGAAUAGUCGGCAAUAACAUUUUGCUUUAUUCACGUUACUUAUCUCUGUCGAAAAGUAAUUCUGAAAUUGGAAAUUCUAAUAGAUAUUUAUUAUAACGUGUAAGUACUUCAUCGUAAGCAGUUAUUAAAAGAUUCGAAACUAUUCAUGUAAGCCUAAUUGCAGAUUUAGCUAUUAACUUAUUUUAGUGGAUAGCGGGGCGUGUACCAUAAAUGAAAGCAAGUGCACAUCUUGUAUUUAGAUAUAAUUAUAAUGUACACAUAUACAUAUCUACGCUGCCAUAAUAAUUAUUAUAUUUUACUGUUUAGUUCGGUGCUAAACCGAUGUACAGGAUAUCCUAGAAAAAGUGUUUGAGUCGAGAAGGGGCGAUUCCGGAGGAUCUCCACUUUGCACUUUGCAAACGGAAAUUGUUGUGCAGAAUCACCCUCCGAAUCUACCAUUUUCGGCUCUAACGCUUCUUCCGGGAUACCCUGUACUUUGUUGCGAUUAAUCCAAAAAGUAUUUCCGUUUUACGCGUAAUUUUAUAGGAAAUGUGCGUGUUAAUUUUAUUUUAAUGAUAAGUUGUAGAUUUCCAUAGAGAAGUAUGGUAGUGGAUUGGAUAUCCAUCGCAUUAUUAUAGUAUACAGGCAAAUCAAUGACUAUAGACAUAUCGAAAAAUUGUUUUAAACGAGCCCUAUCGUAUAUUAUUUGAAAAUUACUAUUGUAACUAUAACUAUUUGGGUAUAGCCGUAGCGUAUUUGUUGUAGCUUGUAUGUUACGUGUGUUUUUCUCGUAGAAGUAAAUUAAUACGGAAUAAGAAGGAGGCACGGUGGAAAAGAAGGAAGCAAUAUGUAUAGCAAAGUUUUUGGUAAAUAAAGAUAACUAUUAAAUA